AUGCCCACGUUGAUGGGACGAAAUUGGCUAACGGAGGUUAGGCUCGACUGGAAUACUAUUAGCCAUAUUCGUGAGGGCGACCCAGAAAAUAGGUUCACAAAGUACAAGAACGUGUUCGAGAAAAGCUUCGGCAACAUUAGAGGCUAUACCGGGACCUUGACGCUCAAAGAAAAUGUGAGACCAGUAUUGUGCAAGGCUAGAACCGUGCCUUUUGCCCUACGGGAAAAAGUGGACGAUGAGCUACGUACCAUGGAAAAUGACGGUAUAUUGUACCGCGUACAAACAAGCGAUUGGGCCACGCCAUUAGUCAUCGUUCCCAAGAAGGAAUCUAACAAGAUUAGGCUGUGUGGCGAUUACCGAGUAACUGUUAACCCGUACUUGAAAGUGAACGACUAUCCCCUACCGCUCCCCGAGGACGUCUUUGCAAACUUAGCAGGUGGAGAGUGUUUUACCGUAUUGGAUCUGGCAAAAGCAUAUUUGCACUUGGGGAUGGAUGAGUACUCCCAAGAGCUUUUGACCAUUAAUACGCAUCUGGGCUUGUACAGGUUCACACGAUUACCUUGCGGAAUCGCUAGUGCACCAGCCAUUUUCCAAUCCGUUAUGGACCAAAUACUGAGCGACGUACCAGGAACUGUAUGUUAUCUCGACGACGUGCUAAUCUCGGGAAAAGAUUAUCACGAGUGCAACGAACGUCUGAACGCCGUCCUUGCAAGGCUGCAAGCGCAUAGCAUUCGUGUCAAUAAAUCAAAGUGUCAAUUCUUUCAAAACUCGGUGAAGUAUUUGGGACACGAAAUCGACGGUAAAGGGAUUCGUCCCACAAAGGAACACAUUGAAGCUAUCGCCAAAGCAUCACGGCCGAGAAACCUGACAGAGUUGAAAGCCUUUCUCGGUUUAUUGAACUACUGCGGUCGUUUCCUGCCAAAUAUUGCUACAACCGCUACAUCGUCUGCUGCGUAA